AUGCCUCACCUGCUAUCCUCUUCCGUCUCACCUGCUAUCCUCUUCUGCCUCACCUGCUAUCCUCUUCCGCCUCACCUGCUAUCCUCUUCCGCAUCAACUGCUAUCCUCUUCCGCCUAACCUGCUAUCCUCUUCCGCCUCACCUGCUAUCCUCUUCCUCUACACCUGCUAUCCUCUUCCUCUACACCUGCUAUCCUCUUCCUCUACACCUGCUAUCCUCUUCCGCCGCACCUGCUAUCCUCUUCCGCCGCACCUACUAUCCUCUUCCGCCGCACCUGCUAUCCACUUCCGCUUCACCUGCUAUCCUCUUCCGCCUCACUGGCUAUCCUCUUCCGCCUCACCUGCUAUCCUCUUCCGCCGCACCUGCUAUCCUCUUCCGCCGCACCUAUUAUCCUCUUCUGCCGCACCUGCUAUCCACUUCCGCUUCACCUGCUAUCCUCUUCCGCCUCACCUACUAUCCUCUUCCGACUCCCCUGCUAUCCUCUUCCGCCUCAACUGCUAUCCUCUUCCGCCUCACCUGCUAUCCUCUUCCGCCUCACCUGCUAUCCUCUUCCGCCUCACCUGCUAUCCUCUUCUAUGAGGCGUGCCGCUCUAUCCCAAAGACUUUACUUAUCACCUCCGAUUUCUUUGAUCAGAUUACUUAA